CUUUCAGGAAGUUGCAGCAGAAACAAUUAUGUGGCUAACGUUGUCUUUGUCUAAAUACUUAUUGUGAUGAAUUAACUCAAUGAUUUACUUUGUGGGCAAUGCAUGAACAUUCCCACAUUUUAAAAUAUGGCUAAUAUGGCAAGGACCGGAGACAUUAUCCAUUUAAACGUUGGAGGAAAAAGGUUCAGCACCUCCAAACAGACAUUGGCAUGGGUCCCAGACUCCUUUUUCUCAAGUCUUCUAAGUGGGAGGAUCUCAACCUUGAAGGAUGAAACUGGAGCGAUCUUCAUAGAUCGGGACCCAUCUCUCUUUACUCCCAUACUGAACUUCCUGCGCACCAAAGAGUUGUUUCCCAGGUCCAUAAAUGUGCACCUGCUCAUGCAUGAAGCGGAGUUCUAUGGAAUCACGCCGUUGGUGCGUAAGCUGCAGCUUUGUGACGAGCUGGACCGAUCCUCCUGUGGAAACGUGCUCUUCAAUGGCUAUCUCCCACCUCCAGUGUACCCGGCGAAGCGGCGGAACCGUCAUAGUGUGGCGGGGCCUCAGUAUAUGGGUGGGCGUGCCUUGCCCAUGGAGAGCGCGCCAGUGAGACGCAGCAACACUAUGCCACCCAACCUGGGCAACGCGGGCAUACUGGGUAAAGCAAUGGUGGAGGAGAGGAUAAGUGGUGCUCAGCUUGCAGACCCAGGCAUGGUCCGCAUCAUCUGUGGCCACCACAACUGGAUCGCUGUGGCUUAUGCCCAGUUUGUUGUUUGCUACCGAGUGAAGGAGUCUACGGGCUGGCAGCAGGUGUUCACCAGCCCCCGCCUGGACUGGGUGAUUGACGGGGUGGCGCUCAACGCCAAGGUGAUGGGCGGCUCCCUGGGAGACAACGACAAGAUGGUGGCCGUGGCCUCGGGCACAGAGAUCAUCCUCUGGACUAUCUGUCCCGACGGCAACGGCAACGAGAUAGGUGUUUUCAGUCUGAAUGUCCCCGUGGAGGCUCUCUUCUUCGUGGCGAACCAGCUGAUUGCCACCAGCCACACAGGGAAAGUGGGAGUAUGGAAUGCGGUGACCAAACAUUGGCAGAAUCAAGAUGUGGUUCCCAUUAAUAGCUAUGAUACUGCCGGUUCCUUCCUAAUUCUAGGCUGUAACAAUGGGUCCAUAUAUUAUAUAGAUGUUCAGAAGUUUCCAUUGAGGAUGAAGGACAAUGACCUCCUAGUGACAGAGUUGUACCGCGACCCCACAGAGGACGCCAUCACUGCUCUCAGUGUCUACCUCACGCCCAAAACAAUCCCCAAUGUGUCGUCAGGCGACAGCGGCAACUGGAUCGAGAUCGCCUACGGGACCAGCUCGGGCACGGUGCGGGUCAUAGUGCAGCACCCGGAGACCGUGGGCUCUGGGCCCCAGCUCUUCCAGACCUUCUCAGUCCACCGCAGCCCCGUCACCAAGAUCAUGCUCUCUGAGAAACACCUCAUAUCAGUGUGUGCAGACAACAACCACGUGCGGACCUGGACGGUGACUCGCUUCAGGGGCAUGAUCUCCACCCAGCCAGGCUCCACCCCCCUCACCUCCUUCAAGAUCCUCUCCCUGGAGGACAUCGACGGCCACGGGGGCUGUGCUGCCGGCACUGAGAUAGGUCCGUAUGGCGAGCGAGACGACCAGCAGGUGUUUAUCCAGAGGGUCGUCCCCGACACAGACAGACUCUACGUGCGCCUCUCGUCCAACGGGAAGAGGGUGUGCGAGGUGCGCUCUGUGGACGGCACCUCCAUCACCUCCUUCAUGGUGCACGAGUGCGAGGGGUCCAGCCGCAUCGGCUCCCGUCCCCGCCGUUACCUCUUCAGUGGCCACGCCAACGGUAGCAUCCAGAUGUGGGACCUGACCACCGCCAUGGAGAUCGCAGGGAAAGUGGAUAUUAGGGCACUGGGCGGCCCCACAGAGGAGGAGCUCCUGGAGCUGCUGGACCAGUGUGACCUGGCUCUGACCCGUACGCCCGACAUGAGUCCCGCUGCCUCCUUCACCCACUCCUCCACCCCCCGAGCCUCCACCUCCAGUGUUUCAAAAUCUGCUGCUUCAACUGAUAGUGAAGAGACGCUGUCGACGCUCUGUCCUACUAGUCACAUCCCAAAACUUACAGACACACGUGACAUGACUCCAGUAGCCCUGUUACCACGUUUGCAGUCCCAGCUGAGUGAGAGCUCCAGGGAGCGCGGGACCAGAGGAGGUGUGAGCAACUCGGGUCCCUUCUCUGGUAGCCUGCCCCGCCAGGCUCCUCCGGUGCCCCUCACCAAACCCCGGGAUAUGAAUCUCUCCAUGGUGGGGUUGGGCCUCCAGCCCCACCACCUGGGUCUGAGCCAGUCUUCUCUCGGCAGCAGUGGCAGCCCCCGGCCCAGCCGCACCGCCCUCCAGGACAGAGACCGGGACGGUGGCAUGGGGUCUCUGCGCAGGGGCAGCUUCGUGGAACGUUGUCAGGAGCUUGCCAAGGUCUCGGACUCUGCAGGAGGGGCUGAGGUGGGCACGCGGCGCAGCCUGGCCGCAUGCUCAGAGUUGGAGGCUAGACUGGGCCUACGGACCCCCGCCUCUUUCUCCAUCCCCCCUGCAGCCUCUCCCGCCUCGUCUUUAUCUUCAUCACUGCGUCGGCCACAGCCCACCUCACCCAGCCCUUCCCCUGCUACAAUAGUUAGUCCAACCCGCUCCCAGACCCCUGUGUCACCUCGUCGAGCUGACACCUCCCCUACUACAGAAGCCCCGCCCCCUGAGGCUGCAGCAGCCACUCCAGAGAGCUCCUCCCCUGUGCCCCCCACCAGUCCUAAACCCCCUAUGAAUGAGACCAGCUUCUGACUGGCUCUGUGAUGUAUGAGCGAGUGGACUAACAAAGGAUGCGUUUUGUGUUCCUGAGCAUGUGCGGUUUAGUGACGGCACAUAUUGUAAUAUUUAUGGACUUUUCCUUGUUUAGCAUCAAGGAUCCAUAUAAAAUGUAAUUCCUCUGUUUUCAAAAGGGCCAGCUGUGACGUAGGCAAGAUUCGUAUACAAUAUAUCCAAAUGGUCAAUGUAUUGGUGAUACAAAUUAUAACUCCAGCCAUGUAUGAAUGUGUUCUGUUGCAUUUGGUAGAGCAGUGCAUUUUAUUCAAUUACGCUGAACAAAAAUAUUAAUGUUACAUGUAACAAUUUCAGAGAUUUUACUGAGUUACAGUUCAUAUAAGGAAAUCAGUCAUUUAAAAUAAAUAAAUUAGGCCCUAAUCUAUAGAUUUUACAUGACUGGGAAUACAGAUAUGCAUCUGUUGGUUACAGAUACCUUAAAAGAAAGGUAGGGUUGUGGAUCAGAAAACCAGUCAGUAUCUGGUGUGACCAACAUUUUUCUUGUGCAGCACAACUUCGCAUAGUUGAUCAGGCUGUUGAUUGUGGCCUGUGGACUGUUGUUCCACUCCUCUUCAAUGGCUGUGGGGAGGAGUUGGUGUUUGCUGGGAACCUGCGUCUGGACCAGGCCCAGUGCAGAGGGGCCGGACUCUCAGACCUCUACACCGCCCUGAGACUGCUGACCACAAAGUACCAGCAGAUUGGCAGGAACUGGAACACGCUGUCGUACACAUCGAUCCAGAGCAUCCCAAACAUGCUCAAUGAGUGACAUGUCUGGUGAGUAUGCAGGCCAUGGAAGAACUGGGACAUUUUCAGCUUCCAGGAAUUGUGUACAGAUCCUUGCGACAUGAGGCUGUGUAUUAUCAUGCUGAAACAUGAGAUGUCAGAAUAGCACGACAAUGGGCCUCAGGUUCUCGUCACUGUAUCGUUGUGCAACAGUGUAGGCUGGUGGGAGGAAGACAGGCUCAUUGUAAUGGCUGGAAUAGAAUAAAUAGAACAGUAUCAAAUAUAUGGAAACACAAGUUUGACUCAUUUCUAUUCAUUCCAUUUGAGCCAUUACAAUGAGCCUGUCCUCCUAUAGCUCCUCUCACUGUGCAUUCAAAUUGCCAUCGAUAAAAUGCAGUUGUGUUCGUUGUCUGUAGCUUCUGCCUGCCCAUACCAUAACCCCACCUCCACCAUGGGGCACUCUGUUCACAACGUUGACAUCAGCAAACUACUCGCCCACACGACACCAUACACGCCGUCUGCCAUCUGCCCAGUACAGUUGAGACCGGGAUUAAAUCUGUGAAGAGCACACUUCUCCAUAGUGCCAGUGGUUACUGGUGCCAAACUGCAGUCGGUUACGAUGCCAAACUGCAGUCAGGUCAAGACCCUGGUGAGGAUGAUGAGCACGCAGAUGAGCUUCCAUUAGACGGUUUCUGAUAGUUUAUGCGGAAAUGUAAUUAUUUGGCUGUGCAAACCAUAAGCUGCCUCCAACGUCAUUUCAGAGAAUUUGGCAGUACGUCCAACUAGCCUCACAACGUGUAACCAUGCUAGCCCAUGCCUCCACAUCUGGCUCCUUCAACUGCCGGAUUGUCUGGGACCAGCCACUCGGACAGCUGAUGAAACUGGGUUUGCACAACCAAAUAAUAACAUUUCCACACAAACUAUCAACCGUCUCAGGGAAGCUCAUCUGUGUGCUCUUCGUCCUCACCAGGGUCUUGACCUGACUGCAGUUUGGCAUUGUAACCGACUUCAGUGAGAAAAUACUCACCUCUGGUAGAGAGAUGAGCAUUCAAUUCUCUGGUGGACGUUCCUGCUGUCAGCAUGCCAAUUGCACGCUCAAUUAAAAUUUGAGACAUCUGUGGCAUUGUGUUGUGACACAUCUGCACAUUGUAAAGUGGCCUUUUCUAUUCCCCAGCACAAGGUGCACCUGUGUAAUGAUCAUGCUGUUUAAUCAGCUUAUUGAUACACGUGGCAGGAAUGUCAUGGUUAUUUUAAUUAAAAGGGAAUUCUUCAACCUCA